AUGCGUAUCCCCGUAGAUACCAGCACCAGCCGCCGCUUCACGCCGCCCUCCACCACGCUGAGCCCGGGGAAGAUGACCGAGCCGCUGCCGCUGCCCGGCGCCGACCACAGCGGCGCCUUGCCGGGGAAGCUGCGCAGCGCCGACCGCAGCAUGGUGGAGGUCCUGGCGGACCACCCCGGGGAGCUGGUGCGCACCGACAGCCCUAACUUCCUCUGCUCCGUGCUGCCCACCCACUGGCGCUGCAACAAGACACUGCCCAUCGCCUUCAAGGUGGUGGCCUUGGGAGAUGUGCCCGAUGGGACGCUGGUAACAGUGAUGGCUGGAAACGACGAAAACUACUCUGCAGAGCUCAGAAAUGCCACAGCUGCCAUGAAAAACCAAGUAGCAAGGUUCAACGACCUCCGAUUUGUGGGUAGAAGUGGAAGAGGGAAAAGCUUCACGCUGACUAUCACGGUCUUCACGAAUCCGCCGCAAGUAGCCACAUACCACAGAGCCAUCAAGAUAACAGUGGAUGGACCUCGUGAACCCAGAAGACAUCGUCAGAAAAUAGAUGAGCAGACAAAGCCCGGGAGCUUGUCCUUUUCAGAGCGCCUGAGUGAACUGGAGCAGUUGCGUCGUACAGCCAUGAGGGUCAGCCCACACCACCCAGCCCCCACACCCAACCCACGAGCCUCCUUGAACCACACCACUGCUUUUAACCCUCAACCUCAGAGUCAGAUUCAGGGUCUCUUUUUCAUUGCAGACACAAGGCAAGUACAGCCAUCUCCGCCAUGGUCCUACGACCAGUCCUACCAGUACCUGGGCUCCAUUGCAACCCCCUCUGUGCACCCUGCCACACCAAUAUCACCCGGCAGGGCUAGCGGCAUGACAUCCCUCACCGCAGAGCUUUCAAGCCGGCUGUCAAGUGCUUCUGACUUGACUGCUUUCAGUGACCCCCGAGUGGGAAUUGACCGCUCCUUCUCCGCGCUACCCUCCAUCUCUGACCCUCGGAUGCACUACCCAGGAGCAUUCACCUACACGCCGACACCUGUCAGUUCAGGGAUAGGAAUUGGUAUGUCUGCCAUGUCCACAGCCACGAGAUACCACACUUACCUCCCACCUCCCUACCCUGGCUCGUCGCAGGCACAGGGCAGCCCGUUCCAGACCACCUCGCCCUCCUACCACCUCUACUACGGAACCUCUGCCGGGUCCUAUCAGUUCUCCAUGAUCUCAGGGGGAGACCGGUCCCCGCCACGCAUCCACCCACCCUGCACCAAUGCCUCCACGGGAUCAACGCUCCUCAACCCCAACCUUCCCAACCAAAGUGAGGUGGUUGAGGCAGAAGGGAGCCACAGUAACUCCCCCACUAACAUGGUGACCACGGCAAGGCUAGAGGAAGCAGUGUGGCGACCAUACUGA